GCGCCCGAGCGGGUAAUCGGCGCCGAUUAGCACAGCCGUCCUCCUUGAUCGACAACCCACGCUCCCCCGAGUUCAAGCCCCAGCGCUUGAGGUCCUCUUUUUCUUUGGUAUCUCCUCUUUUCGCUACUUCUGACAAAGAUACACGUUCCGGAGACGUUAAACUUUGUAUGAAUUUGGACCGUGCAUAUCACCUAAAAGCGGUCUGGGAAGUUUACCAUACUCUCUGCUCGUAUCUACUGCGAAAGCCGGGCGGGGAAGCUCGCUGCUAGCGGCAGGGUGCAACAUAACGGAUGUCAGAUUGGCUCGUGGGCCAGCUCAGAGACUCUUAUCGCUCCGGCCCACCGCGGAGUCUCUGCACGCAAACGGGUUGCUUCUUCCUGUCCGAUAACCGCUGCGGUCUCGACCCAUGGGCUGCGUCGCAAGCUUCUCAACUCCGCACUCUCUCUCUCCCAAGAGCAGUGGGGAAGUUGUGCCGCCUACGAUGGCUGAUGCAGCAGAACCUCAGCUGGAGACCCCACGGGGAAAUCGAUCGCCGCGCGAGCCUGCUUGAGUGCUUGCGUGCUUGCUGCGUAUCUUCGUUGAUGCCUCUUGUGAUCAGUACGAUACUUCCUCUACCGAUCAUUCAUCGCGACCCUUCUUGGGACUCGCAUGAUGACGGCUAUGCUGUGCAUCCCGAUGCAGGAACUCUCCUGUAUAGUAUGGAUAGGCCGCUGCGGCUAUUGAUUUAUCGGUAUCUUACUAUAAUCUACCUACUGACAUUUCCGGUCCACAAUAACAUGCUUGGCACGGGCGUCACCCUGUCAAUACCCGAUGGUCGCAACUUCAUCCGUAGCCGUGAUCCUGAGAAGACAAUAGCAUAGCCUCUGAGAGCGAUCACGUUCCGUUUCACCAUGAUCUCCUGACCACCUGAUUGUUGAUCGCCAGGGCCCUUGGCUCAAGGGACUUGUGGGGUUCUCUGAGCGGGCAUCUCUCGUGGCUCAUACAGAUCCAACAGGUUGACGCAAUUCAUAUCGGCCCGCGCGGCUGUCUGUUCAUGUUGGGGUGUCAAACACAGUCUUUAGCAAUGUGAACAGACGGCCGAGUACCAUUAUUUCAGCAUCUAUAUGGUGCACAUGAAAGCUGUCAAACACGGA